ACGAGACUUCUUCUGUAACACCACAGAAGAAGUCCCGUGUCCUUCACAACAGCUAACAUGGCUACCGCUACUAAAAUCGUUCAGAGGCUUCGAAAUUUCUUGGCGGGGCGUGAUCUGCAAGCCAAGCUGCAGCUGCGUUAUGAGGAGAUAGCAAAGAGGACACAGCCUCCACCAAGUCUGCCUGUAGGCCCCAGCCACAAGUUUGCCAACAACUACUAUUACACCCGAGAUGGCCGCAGAGAGUCGGUACCCGCCACAGUAGUGAUGUCUUCACAGAAAGCUCUGACUGCUGGGAGUGAGGUUGCAAAGACCACAAAGGCUCCUGUGACGCCGGGAACUGUUUAUGAACCACCUCCACUGUCCACAGACCAGCCGUACCUCUGAGCAGCACCCUGAGCCGCUUCAUGACUUCUGUUGGUUGUAUCUUGUACAAUAGAAAGUGUUAAUAAAAUAUGCUAUUGUUUCAA